AUGCCAUGCAGUGGAUCUAUCCCCUUACCCACGCAAACAUCCCGUUGGACAGUGAUUAAAGGGCCAUUUGUACAUAAGAAAUCACAAGAAAAUUUUGAGCGUAAGACUCACAAACGAUUUUUAAUCAUCAAAGAUACAAAUCGAGAGGUGGUGGAAAGAUGGUUAUGGUAUUUGACGAAGAGUUGUCCGGCUGGUGUAGGAAUGAGAGUUACACUUUGGGAAUGGGAGAAGUUGGGAGUAGGAAAGGAAAUGUUGCAGAAUGCCAGUGGCAAAAAGAGAAGAAUGUUGAAAGAUGUGGAAAGCACGAGAGGGGUAGAUGUUCGGGAUGUGGUCGUAGAGGUGGCUAAUGCGUUGGUGAAAGAUAUGGAAAAGGAAUUGGUCAGUGAGACGGAUGAAUUGCAGGAUAAAAAUUCAAGCGGGAAUGAUGAAAUGAGACUUAAUGAUGUAAAUAAAGAGAAUGAAGAUGGUGGCAAUAAGAAAGACGAGAAAUAA